UCUGGUUCCCCGGAAGGAUGAGUGCCAUUCCGACGAUCGGCAUGCUCUAAUAUAACUAGGUGUCCACUUCGGAAUUCUGUCCCUCUUCUCCAAAUAAAACGAAAUACCCUCCGCGUCGGCCAUUGCGGAGGAAUGCGCUCCCCUUGGAUCAUCCUGAGCUGAACCUGCCAAUCCAAAUUGAAUGUACCAGUGAAUUGAACAUCAUGGAGACUACUGAUGUGACCAUCAUCGGAGCGGGAUGGAGUGGUCUCGCUGCCCUCAAGACAUACCACCAAGUCGAUCCCUCGGCCUCCAUCGUGCUGUUUGAGAGCGCCGCCUCGGUCGGUGGUGUGUGGGCCAAGCACCGCUUGUAUGCCGGCCUCAAGUCCAACAAUAUGCUCGGCACCUACGAGUUCAGCGAUUUCCCCAUGGACGAGUCGUUCGGUGUCAAGCCCGGCGAGCAUAUCCCGGGAACCGUAAUCCAGCAUUAUAUGGAGCGGUUCGUCGGGCAUUUCCAGCUCACCCCUUUCAUCCGCCUGAACACGCGGGUACGCAUCGCGGAACAUAAUCCCGACGGCACAUGGACGUUGACCGUCAACGACCACGACGGGGAGAAGACCGUCGUGAGCAAGAAGCUCAUCGUCUGCACGGGCAUCACCUCCCAACCGUUUCUACCCACGUUCCCCGGCCAAGACACCUUCGGCGCGCCUCUCUUCCACUGCCGCGACCUCCUCCAGUACCAGGACGACCUCCUGCAAGCCAACAAGCGCAUCACCGUCCUCGGCGGCACCAAAUCCGCCUGGGACGCCGUGUACGCCGCCGCGACAGCCGGCGCACACGUCGACUGGGUAAUCCGCGACAACGGCCACGGCCCAGUGUGGAUGGCACCACCCUACGUAACGCCCCUGAAGAAAUGGCUCGAAAAGCUCGUCACAACGCGGCUCCUCACCUGGUUCAGCCCCUGCAUCUGGGGCUCCGCCGACGGGUGCCAUCGCAUCCGCAGCUUCUUGCACGGCACCUGGAUCGGGCGCAAAAUCGUCGACGCCUUCUGGAGCAUCCUGGGCAACGACGUAAUCCAACUAAACCAGUACGACGCGCACCCAGAAACGCGCAAACUGAAGCCCUGGUUCAGCCCCUUCUGGAUCGCCUCCAGCCUCAGCAUCCUCAACUACCCAACCAACUUCUUCGACCUAGUCACCACCAACAAAGUCACCAUCCAUAUCGACCACAUCAGCCACCUCACCCCAAACACCAUCCACCUCGCCUCAUCUAAACCCCUCCCCACCGACGCCCUAAUCUGCUCAACAGGCUGGCAAGCAACCCCCAACCUCGACUUCCGCCCGUCCUCCCUCCCCGAAACCCUCGGCUUCCCCUGGUCCAACGACCCCAUCCCAGAGUCCGUCAUCAAAGCCGCCGACACCGAAAUCCUAUCCCGCUUCCCCCGUCUCGCCCACCCUCCCCCCAUAGCCCCGAACUACACCCCCCUCGCCCCGGACUCCCCCGCAACAGCAAAGCACCCGUUCCGCCUCUCCCGCUUCAUGAUCCCUGCCUCCCCAACCCUAGCCCAAACCCGCUCAAUAGCCUUCAUGGGCCUCGCAAUGACAAUCAACACCACAAUGCUCGCGCAGGCCCAAGCCCUCUGGAUCUCCGCCUACUUCACCAACCGCCUGACACCCUCAUCAACGGAGAGAUGCCCCGAGGCCGUGCGCAAGCUCCUAACAGCCACGGACCCGGACGUGGAUGCCGAUCUGGUCUGGGAAACGGCCCUGCAUACGCAGUUCGGGGUCCAUCGGUAUCGGGGUGGAUUUGGGCACCGGAAUCCGGAUUUUGUGUUUGAUGCGGUGCCGUAUGUAGAUCUGUUGUUGCGGGAUUUGGGGUUGGACGUGGGGAGGAAGGAAGGCGGCGUGAGGUGGUUGGUGCCGUACGGGGUGGAGGACUAUAGGGGGUUGGUGGAGGAAUGGGUUUCUUCUACUAAGGAGAAGAAGGAGGGGAAGAAGGAUGUUUGAUAUCUUGAUCUUGAUCUUGUUUUGAUGUUAUAGUUUGGUUCGAGGAGUGGGGUUUCCGUCGUGUCAAGGAAAAAUAUUCUAAAUGUACACAUCUCACAGUACGAUAAUCUUAUCUUGAAUUGAUUGACUUUGUACACAGUAGAGCCUGUCCGCAUAUGUAUGAUAUUGUUUAUCGCUGCAAGGGAGACUCGUUCCGAAAUCAAUUUGCCGUCAAAUACUUGAUCCCAAUAGUUUCCGACAACGCCUCUACCUACAUACGUGUACAUACAUCCCGGCUAUCCCUCGCUGAUGCCAAACCAUUCACGAAGAUAAAAAGUGAAAAAAAAAAGGGUAAUAAAAUAAAAUCAGGAGGAA